UAUGCCUUUCUAGUAGCAUUCUAGCUAUUAAUCUUUUUAUCAUUAUUACAAGGACGCAGUGGCAGUGAAGCUUUGCUUUCGUGAAAAUAAUUUCGUUUCUCCGUAUUUUAUCGUAGAUUAAAUCAUUAUAACUGUAUGCGAAUAUUAAUAUUUUUCUGUCAUUUUGUGGUGUCUUUGGUACUAUGUCGAGACUUCUUUUUACGCUGUCGAAGCAGAUCAGACAUUCAAACUGCAAAGAAUUUGCAGACUUGCUCCGGUUGUGACAGAUCGAGCCCAAAUUCUGGAAAUGGGUUAUCAUUGAAGCGUAAUUCUUGAUACCACGUGUUUCUGGUUGUAGAGAGAGAGACCAUCUGUUUUUUAGAGAAAAAUUUGUGUUUUUGUUUGUUUCCGUUGUGGGGGUUACUCAGUACUGUAGUGCUUGGUGUGCACUGUGCAGGGCAGAAUGAAUCUUUUCCGUCAUCUUUUUCGCUACGGUCCGCAUGUUGGGGCUGCUCUGGGAGCAGCAUCUGUCGUUACGAUUGUAUCGAAAUCUCUUCACAAACAAGCGGACUGCAGCUACAAUCCGACCCAUCCUUCCAGCAAGCGGUAUUCUGCAUCAGAAGCAUACCCGGAUCUUUCUAAGCAUGAAAACAUAAUGGCCAAAACCUUAACACCCCGUCUGUAUGCAAUGCUACGCGAUCGCCAGACAGAAAUAGGGAUUACCCUGGAUCAGUGCAUCCAGGUUGGCGUGGACAAUCCAGGACAUCCUCUCAUACGAACGGUUGGGAUCUUUGCUGGCGAUGAAGAAUCCUACUCUGUGUUUGCUGAAUUGUUUGAUCCUAUCAUUCAGGAACGUCAUAGCGGAUAUAAACCUAGUGAUAAACAUACGACAGAUCUUUCUCCAGCGAAGCUCCGCGGAGGUAAUCUGGAUCCUGAUUAUGUGUUAUCAUGUAGAAUAAGAACUUGCCGAAAUAUUCGGGGAUUUAGUCUACCUCCAACCUGUACACGUGCCGAGCGCCGUCAUAUUGAGAAAAUCGUUGUGCGCUCCUGCAAAAGCCUCGGUGGAAACCUAAAAGGAAGAUAUUUUAAUUUGAAAGAUAUCCCGGAUGAAGAGUUAGCAUUAAUGAUAGCGGAAGGCACUGGUUUUGACCGCCCAUCAUCUUAUUACUGCACAUCUUCCAUUGGAAGAGAUUGGCCGGAUGCCCGUGGCAUAUUCUACAACUAUGAUAAAAACCUGUUUGUUUUUGUAAAUGAAUGUGAAGAUCAGAUGAAGCUAAUAGCGGUCCAGCCAGGCGGCAACAUGAAGGAAACAUUCGAGAGAUUUUGUCAGGCGCUGGAAUCUAUGGAGAAAAAUUUGCACAGCGACGGCUUUGCCUGGAUGUGGAAUGACCACCUUGGAUUUGUCACGACCUGCCCUAGUAAUCUGGGUACUGCCCUGCGAGCUAGUGUUUUCAUUAAACUUCCCAGGCUCUCACAAGAUCCAAGAUUUCCUGCCAUUGUGAAAAAACUGGGCUUACACAAACGUGCUGUUCCGGAGCUGCAGAAUUCCGGUGUUUAUGAUAUGUCUAAUGUGGAUCGUUUAGGGAUAUCUGAGGUUGAUUCAAUUCAGCAGGUGAUUGAUAGCUCCAACUUACUUAUCCGAAUGGAAAAGCGACUGAAAAGUGACCGCACUAUUGACCAUUUGAUUCCCAGCUGAUUUCAGAAUUACUCAUUGUAACGCUACCAUUGUGAUAUUUUCAUUCUUUUAAGAGUUUUAUCGUUAUGUGAUAUUGAGAUACUUACUGCACAGAUUGGGAGUUUCGUCUGACUGUUUGUUCAUGCAGGUGUUCUUGGUUAAACGGAGUGAUUUCUCAGUAUGAAGUCUUUAACAGUUUAACCGUACAUACGCGCGCGUAUAAUUGUGACAAAAUGGAUUAAAUCAUUAG